CUUGACUUCCGCCUUCUUAGUUCGCUAAAAUAAGGAGAAGGAAAGUUGAGAGUGAGGUGCGGAUGUCGCACAUCAGGUGUCAGCGGCCAUCUUGCCUCAGCGGCCGCCUCACCACCUCUUUCCCGUGGAACAACACACGCUAUGCCUCCAAAAAAGGAUAAAAAGCCUGCUGGCGACAAGCCAGCAGCUGGAGAAAAGCCGAAGCCAGCAGCUGGAGAAAAGCCAAAGCCAGCAGCUGGAGACAAGCCAAAGCCAGCAGCUGGAGAUAAGCCGAAGCCAGCAGCUGGGGAUAAGCCAAAGCCGGCAGCUGGGGAUAAGCCAAAGCCGGCAGCUGGAGAUAAGCCAAAGCCGGCAGCUGGAGAUAAGCCAGCCACUGGAGCAAAGGGAGGAGCUGGAGCAAAGGGAGGAGCUGGAGCAAAGGGAGGAGCUGGAGCAAAGGAAGGUGGGGCAAAGGGAGGAGCUGGAGCAAAGGGAGGAGCUGGAGCAAAGGGAGGAGCUGGAGCAAAGGGAGGAGCUGGAGCAAAGGGAGGAGAUGGAGCAAAGGGAGGAGAUGGAGCAAAGGGAGCUGCUGGAGCAAAGGGAGCUGCUGGAGCAAAGGGAGCUGCUGGAGCAAAGGGAGCUGCUGGAGCAAAGGGAGCUGCUGGAGCAAAGGGAGCUGCUGGAGCAAAGGGAGCUGCUGGAGCAAAGGGAGCUGCUGGAGCAAAGGGGGCAGCUGGAGCAAAGGGAGCAGCUGGAGCAAAGGGAGCUGCCGGUGCAAAGGGCGCUGCAGGGGUAAAGGGGGCUGCCGGGGCAAAGGGGGCUGCUGGAGCAAAGGCAGCACCUGGAGCAAAGGGCGCUGCUGGAGCCAAGGCAUCAGCUGGGUCUAAGCCAGCUGCUGGUGCCACUGGUGGUGCCAAGGGAGCUGCAUCUAAAGCAUCUGCUGGUAAACCUGCCACUGGUGCAAAGAGACCAGCAGGUUCUGGACCCAAGGGCCCUGCUGCUAAGAAGGUUGCAGGCGCAGGAGCAGGUGCUGGUGCACCCAAAAAGGGUGUGCCAAAAAAAAAGCCUGGAGUGAAAGGGCCAGCUGGAAAGGGUGAAAGAAAGGGUCAAAGAAAGGGUCCUGCAAAGGCUGGAACCAAAGGAGCUGUUGCUAAGAAGCAGGGAACACGAGUGAAGAAGGCUGUAGGCAAGAAACCUAAAGGGAAGGAAGCUCCUCGUCCUAAGGUUGGAGUAAAGAAAUUGACUGUUGCAGCCUCCAAGGCCAGAAGAGCAAAGGGGGUUAAAGGAACCAAGAAAUUUGCAGUGAAGAAAGCCAUGAAAUUUGCCAUUAAGGUCAUAAAAGGAAUUCAUGGAACACGUGUUAAGAAAAUCAGAACCUCUGUUCGCUUUCGCCGGCCCAAGACCCUGAGAUUGCCGCCUAAUCCCAAGUACCCUCGCCGCUCUGUUCCUCGGAAGAGCAAGUUGGAUGCUUUUAACAUCAUUAAGUACCCUUUGACUACAGAAUCUGCCAUGAAAAAGAUUGAAGAUAACAACACUUUAGUAUUUAUUGUUCACCGGCUUGCCAACAAGCAUCAGAUAAAGUCUUCAGUUAAAAAGCUGUACGAGAUUGAUGCUGCACGUGUUAACACGCUUCACAGACCUGAUGGGCUUAAGAAGGCAUAUGUGAAGCUUGCUCCAGACUAUGAUGCUCUUGAUGUUGCUAACAAGAUUGGUAUCAUCUAAGCAUAAUUGUUAAUAUUAAACAAAGAAAAAAUUUUU